AUCACUUUCUUCACACCCUCUUCCUUGAUGCCCUCUGCAUUCUUCUGACUAGGCAGGAUUAAUAGGGAGAGUGAAAGUGUCACUUUCUUGCUCAGCUAGAUGCUGAGAGUCUCUGGCCCUCCUGGCUCCGGGUUCUGCCCUCAAGGCGGCUCUCAGCCCCUCCAGGAGCCAGCUUGCUCCUGCUCUCCCCCAGGCCCGGGAGCCUCUCGGAAUCCAUCUCUGGCCACCUUUUUGUCACUUUUGUUACUGAGAAUGUCACUCCUCUGCCUGGAAAAGCCUCCGACUCCUCUAGUUGUUUGAGAAUGGAGCCCUGCCCAUACCCAAACCUGCAUCUAAAAAUAAGUGAUCUUUAUCAUCAGACUUCUAUCUAGUAUUAGACUAUCUAAAAACAUAUUGUCCAGAACCUAGAAUACUUUUUAGUAUCAGCAGGAGAAAGAAGAUUUCUACAGGAAGGAGAUGAGAAAAAGCAAUCUGCAAGUCCACCAUGGCUCACAGCUGGGCGUGGAGGAUGCUGAGGGCCUGGCCUGCCCCCUUCCACCAAGGCUCAUCUGUGGGUUCCCUUCAUCUUUCGACUCUGUAAGGACCCCACUAAAACCCCGAACGAUUUUGAUUGGAGCAAAGAAACCUCAUCUUGGAAGUAAGUGUGACCGUUUUGCUUCUUCAAUCCCAAGUGCAGCCGGAGUACAGGAAUGCCCUGAUGAGAUUUCAAAGCCAGCUUCAGGGGCUUCAUGAUUAAGCCCACUGUAUGUUGUUUGUACUCUGGGAGCUAAUAACAUCGCGAUUUCUACUUUAUGUUUUUAUGGCUUUAUUUAUUUAUUUUUUGGCCCCACAAACAUCUUUCAAAGUAAUAAUCAUGGUCAGCAAUUCAAAGUUAUAUGGAGAAUUUGUGGGCCCAGGAAAUGACCCAGGAGUUGCACUGAAAUGUAGGAUUAUAGAACACCUUCCUAUGCCUUAUCCUCCUGUCCCUUACCCUCCUGUCCCACCGGGAUCUUUCCAAAAAGCAGCCCUUUCUCCUCUAAGUUCCUCUUCACAGUCUAUAAACAUCCCCAAGUUCCUCUCAUCUGAAAACAAAACAAACCCAAACCCUUCCCCCACCCCCUCCCUAGGGUAAUUCUGCUCCUCUCUCUCCCCCAAACUUUGCCGCCUCAGCGAAAUGUCCUAAGGCGCUGUCUGAACAGUCUCCACUUCCUGCCAGGCGGCUGGACUCCCCUGGGUGGGGGGAGGCAGGAGUCCCCAUCUCUGCCCCCCAGGUCAGUGGCCAAGGGGAGUUCUCCUGGUCCAUGGGCUCCAACCUUGCUUCUGAGUUCACCAGUCUCCUCCCCUGGUCCAGUCCCAGCUUGUUUCAGGCGGGAUAUCAAUUUCAAUGUUUCCCCCUGUAAUCUUUGCCUUUCAGAUCAUUUUAGGCUUUAUUCCCUUUCAGAAGAGAAAAUUUAAAAAAAAAAUGAAGGAUUAAUAAGUAUCUUCCACUCAAGAUGCAUCCAUGAUUUCUGCCUUAGACCGUUUUUUCCCCUCCCCGUAAAAAGAUUAAGAAAAAUUAUUCAGAAAGACUUCUGCCCUUCCAUUUUCCCCCGAGACUACUUCGUCUCGUCUCGGACAAGCGACCAUCAGGUCAUUGGAUGCUGGGGGUAGAGAGAACCGACUCGGGGGUAAGGACAGGGCCGGAAGCACGUACAUCGGGAGGUCAGUCUGUGUAAGACUGGGGAGGGAAACGACUGGCGGUAGGGAUGCAAGUGGCCGCGGCCGCACGCCCAGGGCAGCCCCGCAGGUGUGACCGCUCCGGGCUGUAGGGCAUCGGCGAGGUGCGCACGGACUGCGGAGGUGGGGUGCAGGGGUCUCCCCACUCGUGGACUGACCACCCACGUCCUCGGCCUGGGACAGUCCUUGGAAACAGCUUCCCUCUUGAUUGACCUUCCACAUACACUACCAUGUACGUUUCUAUAUUUUCAACUCUAAGUUGUAUUUUGAGGGGCGCCCGGGCGACGCAGCCGGUGGAGCGCAUGCCUUCGGCUCGGGUCAUGAUCCCAACGCCGCCAGAUCGAGGCCCGCAUCAGGCUCCCUGCUCCGCGGAAAGCGCGCUUCUCUUUCUGUCGCUCCCCAUUCCCCAUGCUCCUGCUCUCGCUCUCAAAUAAAUGAAUAAACCUUUUUUUUUUUUUUUUUUUUUAAGUUGUGUUUUGAAAAACGGGAUGUAGAGAAGUCGGCUUUUGCUUCGAGGCCCGGCGAGAGCUCGUGGAUUGCGGGCUUUACAAGACACCGCUCAACGCCGAAGCCGGUAAAGCGAGUCAGGACAGCCCAGCCAGAUCCGCCCCAGACGCGACCCGCCAGCUCGGGGUCCCGCAGCGCAUCCGCUCCCGGGACCUGCCGGGGGCGCGUUCGUCGUAACCGGUCCUGGCGGCCCCGGGCUGCGGCCGUCCGUCCCUGAAAACGGCCUACUUAGAGAAUGCGGGUCUGGGGAACUGGACGGCAGGACCGCGAAUCCGCCCGCGCUGAAGCACCGGUCCUGGGACGCCGACCGCCGCAGCACUCCGGGCGCCAAAUCCCGACUCGCCCCAAGACCCCCACCCGGGCCUGCGCAUCCUGGCCCCGCCCCUGCGGCAGGGAGCCAACCAGCUCGCCCGCAGCGCGGGGCGCUAGGCCGGGGGGCGGGACAGCGCCCUGCUCAACUCCGCCCCAUAAUCCCUCCCCUCCAGGCCCGCCUCUUCCGACGCCGCGCCUGCGCAGACGGUCAAGCCACGCCCUGCCUCUGCCCCGUCUGCGCGCGCGCGGUGGCAGCGCUCCCGUGAGGCAUUGCGAGACGCGGAAUGCGGCGGCGGGCUUCUGAGGGACGCGAACGGAGCUUCCAAAGGUCAUUGCGAGGGCGGUUCUUCACAGUCUUGAGCCCGCCGUUGGCUGCACUAGCUGGACCGUCUGUGGACAUCGGUUCCUGUGCGAAUGGCUGGUGCUCACUGAGUCGCCGGAGGAUUUAUGAAAAUGGAAAAUUAUAAGGCAUUUGUAGGCUUUGAUCUCUGUGAGAUACCACUCUCCAGUGUUGCACAGAAGAUCAUGUCUGCUAUGCAUUCAGGUGAUUUAGUGGAGUCUCAGAAUUGGAGAGAGAAUGAAAAGAAAGCUGCAGAAGUGGUAAACAGUUCCUGUAAUGAGUAUAGAGUACUUCUUGAAAAUGAGAAUCAAUCACUGAAAAAAAGGAAUCUGAAUUCCUCUACAAGCCAGGCAUCAGGUGUGUCCAUCAAGCUCUGUCUUCCCACCUCCAGUAUCAGACUCACAGAUCAGCCAUCAGCUGACCAAAAGCAGAAGAACAUCAGCUCAUUGGCUCCUCCCAGUUGUUUCAUUCCACAGUGUAACCAAGAGGCUUUGGUCCUACAGAAAACAGAGUGUAAAAGAAAGCAUUUCCUAAAGGAAAAUAAAAAUAAUGAAGAGAAAGAAAUGCCUAUGAAUCUUAAAAGAAAAUGUAGUACAUGUCAUUUUUCAGGGAAAACAAGUAAACAUGUGGCAUUGGAAGAAGGUGUUGAUGAGGUUGAAGCCCACUUACACUGUGGGAAUGCAAGGGCAUGUGGAGACCAUUUUUGUGACAUUAGGUAUUUGGAUGAUUUGGAGAAAAGCCAGCUGGUUGAGAUGCUCAAACAGGCAGUGGCCAUGGUCAUAACGCUGAUAUAUGAGGAUGGUUCAACCCAGCUAAGAGCUGAGCAGGCUCUGGUUCCCUCUGUUAAAGGAAUUGCAGUGUUACUACAGAGCCAUGUAAACAGCAGUGGUCUUCUGGAGGUCUCAGCCUCUGACAGUGUCCUGAGGGAAGGCUCCACACUCCAUGAGCAGUAUAUCUACCUUGAAACAGAGCAGUCCUCCACUGGGGGCCGAGAGCAAGAAGCAUAUAAUCAGUUUGCCAGGAAAGUUCUGUUUCAAAUCCUGAAAUGUAAAUGUCCUGUUAUUUGUUUUAAUGCCAAGGACUUUGUGCGAACAGUGCUGCAGUGUUUUGGUAAUGAUAGCAGCUGGAAGCAUGUUGUUCAUUUUGUAGGGCUUGAUCCCAGAAUUGCUGCCUGGCUUAUAGAUCCUGGGGAUGCUUCACCCUCUUUUGAAGAUUUAGUGGCAAAAUACCUUGAAGGCUCCAUCUCUGUUAAUGUGAACAGCACAUACGGGAAUUCCUCAAGAAAUGUUGUGAAUCAGAAUGUACGUGUGAACCUGAAGACACUCUACAGACUUACGAUGGGCCUUUGCUCCCAGCUGAAGGUUUAUGGAUUAUGGCAACUAUUUUGUACUUUGGAGCUUCCUCUGAUACCAAUUUUGGCAGUGAUGGAGAGCCACAGCAUUCGGGUGAACAGAGGAGAGAUGGAGAGGACUUCAGCCCUUCUGGGGUCUCGUCUCAAGGAACUGGAGCAAGAAGCCCAUUUUGUUGCAGGAGAGCGGUUUCAUAUAACAAGUAAUAAUCAGCUUCGAGAGAUCCUCUUUGGCAAGCUAAAACUGCACCUGCGGAGUCCCAGGGAGACUCUUCCUAGAACAGGGCUGCAGAAACUCCCAUCCACGUCAGAAGCUGUGUUAAGUGCUCUGCAGGACCUUCAUCCAUUACCCAAGAUAAUUUUGGAAUAUAGACAGGUUCACAAGACCAAGUCAGCCUUUGUGGAUGGAUUACUAGCUUGCAUGAGAAAGGGUUCCAUUUCCUCUACGUGGAAUCAGACGGGAACUGUGACUGGAAGACUUUCAACCCGGCACCCGAAUAUCCAAGGUAUCUCCAGGCACCCAAUUCAAAUUACUAAACCACAGGAUUUUAAAGGUCUAGAAGGCACGGUGCUCACCAUCUCCCCGAGGAGCAUGUUCGUUGCCCCCGAUGGCUACACCUUCCUGGCAGCAGACUUUUCACAGAUUGAAUUGCGCAUUCUUACACACUUAUCUGGAGAUCCAGAACUUUUGAAAUUAUUCCGGGAAUCUGAAAGAGAUGAUGUAUUUUCCACCCUGACUUCACAGUGGAAGGACAUUCCCCCAGAGCGAGUGACGCAUGCAGACAGAGAGCAGACCAAGAAGGUGGUGUACUCAGCGGUCUAUGGAGCAGGGAAGGAGCGGCUUGCUGCUUGCCUUGGAGUUACUGUGCAAGAGGCUGCCCUGUUCUUGGAGACAUUUUUGCAGAAGUACAAGAAAAUCAAGGAAUUUGUCCAAACAACCAUUGCCCAGUGCCGCCAGACAGGCUACGUGGCAUCCAUCAUGGGCAGAAGGAGACUGCUGCCAAGGGUCCACGCACAAGACCAGCAGCUGCGGGCGCAAGCUGAGAGGCAGGCCGUGAACUUCGCAGUGCAAGGCUCAGCUGCAGACCUCUGUAAGAUGGCCAUGAUCCGUGUCUUCACUGCCGUGGCUGCUUCCCCUACCCUGACGGCCAGGCUGGUUGCCCAGCUUCACGACGAGUUGCUGUUUGAGGUGGAAGAGCCACAGGUUCCUGAGUUUGCAGCUCUAGUCAGGGGGACCAUGGAGGCCCUGCAGGACGUGCCGGCCUUGCAGCUGCAGGUGCCCCUGAAGGUGAGCCUGAGUGCUGGCCAGUCAUGGGGCCACCUGGUGCCGCUGCAGGAGGGCCGGGCCCUCAGCCCAGCCCACAUCCCGCUGAGUCUCCAAGCAACCACCCUGCCACCGCCAGUCCCCUUGUCAGCACACCCCUGCAUUUUUCGCCUUCAUUUUGUCUGUAGCCCCAGGCAACAGUGGGAGGAGAGAACUGGUUUCCACCAGUCCAUUGUGUGGCCUUCCCCAAGGUCAGCACUGAGCGAUUUGCAUGGGCUCCCAGUGAGAGCCUGUGGUGGAGAGGGCCACAUCCACCCCCUGGGCUGUCCCCCGGAGUAAAAGC